GUGACGUCACGUAUCUAUCGCUCUUUCAUUGGUCCUUGCGCUGAGAGUGGCGGCCAUCUUGAAAGUGUCAGUGUGAGGCUUGGAGCUGGGCGUAGAGAGGGAGCGGCAGUACGAGGUAACGUCCGGUGCUCCGAGUGUGCACUGAGAAGCGUUACAGCCGGGUCCCGGGACGCAGGGGCCGCACAGAUGUGAGACAGCGCUGUACAGCUUUCUAUGACUUAUCGGAGCUGAUAUUGCAUUUACCACAAACGUUCGCAAACGUGAAAAGUGUCAUAUGGCAUGAUACAAUAAUGGCUGCCAUCUCGUAUGAAGGGUAAUGUUCCAGUACAGACAUGCCUUACGUGGAUCGUCAGAAUCGCAUUUGUGGCUUCCUGGACAUCGAGGAGCAUGAAAACAGUGGCAAGUUCCUGCGGAGGUAUUUCAUCUUGGACACUAGCCAAAACAGCCUGCUAUGGUACAUGGACAAUCCACAGAACCUACCAGCAGGUUCCCCUGCAGUAGGAUGUCUUAAGCUCACCUAUAUCUCAAAGGUGAGCGAUGCCACCAAAAUUAGACCAAAAGCUGAAUUUUGUUUUGUAAUGAAUGCCGGCAUGAGAAAAUACUUUCUGCAAGCCAAUGAUCAGCAAGACCUAGUAGAGUGGGUGAAUGUCCUCAACAAAGCUACCAAAAUUACAGUACCAAAAAAUUGUGACCAGCCGUGUCCUGCUGACAAUGCACAGCACCACUUUGAAAAUGCAGGCAGCAAAAAGCAGAUAUCUUAUAGGACUGAAAUAGUUGGGGGUGUUCCAAUUAUUACGCCAACACAGCAAGAACUCAGCGAGUGUGCCACCACUGGGGACCGAGGGAAUCUAAAACGCACCCAAAGCCAACUCCCAUCCCCUCCCUUACGGAUCUCUGAAGGCAGCGUGAUAAAAGCCGGGUACUGCGUCAAGCAAGGGGCUGUGAUGAAGAACUGGAAAAGAAGAUUUUUUCUCCUAGAUGAUAACACGAUAGGAUACUUCAAGUCUGAAUUGGACAGGGAUCCACUACGAGUGAUCCAGCUGAGAGAGGUGCUGAAGGUGCAGGAGUGCAAACAGAGUGACAUCAUGAUGAGGGACAAUUUGUUUGAAAUUGUAACAACUUCUCGAACAUUUUUUGUACAGGCUGACAGUCCUGAAGACAUGCAUAGCUGGAUCCGAGCCAUAUCCGGUGCAAUCGUGGCACAGCGUGGGCCAGCCAGAUCUGCGGCAUCUGUGUUUUUAAUUCCCACCCUGCCCUGUCUCCCUGCAGAUGCGACAGGUCAGACGCCUUUCAAACCCCUGUAUUCCGAGGAGGCCCCCUCCUCACACUCAGAGCUCAACUCUUCUGUUCGCUCCUUCAGUUUCCCUCACUCGACCGCCCGACUUCAGCACUCUGACCCCGGGCCUACGUACCGGCACCGGGAAGACUCUAGCUCCGUUGCCAAGAACCAGCCAGGACACUUCAAGAUGCCGGCUGUCUCUGCAGGAAACCAGUCUAGCAAAGUGACCUCUUCUGUGCCCAGUGCCAUACCCGUUAACUGUCUGGAAGCGGGGAUGGUUGACAUAGACGAUGCCAGCCUACCAGUCACUGAUGUCUGAGCCCAGCGUAUAGACUCUUGGAAAUGAAUCUGGAUGAUGUAUCGCUUCAGCUCUGGUUUCCAGCUAUGUGAUGCACAAAGUGAAUCACCUGAUCUGUCAUGUACCCUCCGAUCAGUGGGAAGGAAUUGUCACCAGAUCUGUAGGACCAUGCUGUUAGAUAAUACACAUUCCCAACACAAAACUUGUGAACCUUCCUCUGCAGCCAAUGUGAGAAAAGAUUGACCAUAUUUUUUUCCUUACUAAGUAACUUUGUGACUCCGGUCACUAAAUAAAAGCAUGCCACGUUGGCA